AUGUUCAAGGGCAGUCCGGUUAUACUCGUCCUCUCUCUUUCCUUAGCGUUUUAUGUUAAUAACAAGGCCCAAAAUUUGGCUUUUAACAAAACUGCAACCUGCAGCUCAUUUUUUCGGCAUCCUAUUAACCCUGUUGUAAAAUUGCUGGUUGAUGGGAAUCGAAAUCCGGAUUUUUGGGCUGGGCAUUGUUUCCACGGAGGCGACCCAGCCGGCGGACCUAACUGGGCAGUGGUCGAUCUUGCUGGUCUCUAUUAUGUGGACGUCGUCUACAUGUUCACGAGGAACAUGUUCACUCCCCCACUGGACUACUUCCUGAUUGGACUCACCUCUUCAUCACCUGGAUCAAACAUCAUCAGAGGGACCUACCCUCUCUGCGGUCAGUACAAGUACAAGGCGGUCGCCAGUGCCAGGCUGACAUUGAAGUGCAACGCCAAACUUGCACCUUAUCGUUACGUCAUCGCUCAACAACCUGCCGAUGGGUAUGGAUGGUUCUCCUCUUGUGAGAUGGAAGUUUACGCUGCUAAGAAUCUCAACUCUAAAAUUUGGAAAGGUUACACCAACAUGAGAUUGACUGGAAACAACUCUCUUGUCAUGACCGCCAAAUAUGAGAUGAUCUGCUUGUUGAAGUGCAUUCCAGAUAAAUGUGACUCGUUCAACUUCCAUUCAACUGAUGCAACAUGCGAGUUGAACAAACAUAUUAACGGGUACAACCUGAGCUAUUUGAGUUCCAGUCCCAACUGGAGUUUCUUUGAAAUUCAGUAUGCUUAA